AAAGAAAAGGAGUGUAGAAAGAAAAAGUUUUUAAGGGGAGUGGGGGAAGUUUUUGUUUGCGUUCCAUAUGUUUAAAGAAUUUCACCGAUUUAACUCGAAAGAGGACGAAUACUUAUUAAUAGGAAUAUAAGACGCUACAAUUUGUUUCACAACAUCUUAAUAUUUUUCUUAGGACAGGGGCUUCACUUUCUUAAAUUUAUCAUUUUUGUACUGCGUAAAAGGAAAGUUUGACUGCAAAGGGGGAUUUGAAGUGAUUGUCAAAAAUGUCCGCUGCGAAGCAGUCGCUUUGCGCUGCUAAGCUUUUCAUCGUUUUCUUGCUGUUGUCGGUAGUGGAUCUAACGUCGGGAUUUUAUGGAAAAAACAGAUCUUGUCCAUCUCCUUGCGGAUGUGUUGGAGAUCUGUUGAACUGCAGUAGGAGAAAACUGGAAAAGGUUCCUGGGAAUCUCCCUCCUUGGAUUGUGCAAUUGGAUUUGAGUCAUAAUAAGUUAAAAUCACUGGAUGGUAACUCAUUUACAAAGCUUCACAAGCUCCUUGAAAUAAAAUUAAACAACAAUGAAUUGGAGUCUAUACCAGAUUUGGGGCCAGUUUCCAGAAAUAUUACAGUUCUCUUAUUAGCUAACAACAGGAUUUCAAAGCUGGUACCAGAAACACUGAAAUCUUUUCAAUCCCUGGAAACACUGGACAUCAGCAGUAAUAAUAUCAUAGAACUUAAAGCAUCAUCAUUCCCAGAGCUGCCUUUAAAAUAUUUAUUAAUGAACAACAACAAAAUUGGAGUAAUGGAGCCAGGUUGUUUUGGUAAUUUGUCAAGCACUUUGCAGAUUCUGAAGCUAAACAGAAACCGCAUUUCUUUGGUUCCUCCCAAGAUGUUUCAGCUACCCCAUUUGCAACACCUAGAACUAAAUAGAAAUCGAAUUAAGAAAGUCGACGGACUGACAUUCCAUGGAUUGCAUGCCUUGAAGUCCCUGAAAUUGCAGCGAAAUGGUAUUAACAAGCUGAUGGAUGGUGCUUUCUGGGGGCUAAGUAAUAUGGAGGUUUUACAACUGGAUCAUAACAACCUGACAGAAGUCAAUAAAGGAUGGCUCUAUGGGCUGUUGAUGUUACAGCAGCUCCACCUCAGCCAGAAUGCCAUCAGCAGGAUCAGACCUGAUGCCUGGGAGUUUUGCCAAAAACUCAGUGAGCUGGAUCUCACCUCAAACCAAUUAACACGGUUAGAUGAGUCCAGCUUUGUGGGUCUGAGUCUGCUUGGCGAACUCCACAUAGGAAAUAACAAAGUGAGCUUCAUUGCCGAUGGCGCCUUCCGGGGUCUCUCCCACUUGCAUACUUUGGAUCUGAAAAACAAUGAAAUUUCUUGGACCAUUGAAGACAUGAAUGGACCAUUUUCUGCUUUACACAACUUAAGAAAGCUGCUCCUUCAGGGAAACCGUAUCAGAUCCAUCACUAAGAAGUCAUUUUCUGGUCUAGACACCCUGGUUUACCUAGACCUGAGCAACAAUGCAAUCAUGUCUAUUCAAGGACAUGCCUUUUCACAAAUGAAGCAGCUUGAGGAAUUGCACUUAAACACGUCCAGCUUCUUAUGUGAUUGCCAGCUGAAAUGGCUGCCAUCGUGGGUGGUAGAGCACAAGUUUCUGCCCUUCAUUAAUGCCAGCUGUGCCCAUCCCCAGUUGUUAAAGGGAAAAAGUAUAUUUAAUGUGAACCCAGAGGAUUUUGUAUGUGAUGAUUUCCCCAAACCUCAGAUUAGAGUGCAGCCUGAGACUCAGUCAGUAAUAAAGGAAUCCAAUGUGAGUUUUGUAUGCUCUGCUGCAAGUUCCAGUGAUUCCCCAAUGACGUUUGCUUGGAAAAAAGACAAUGAGGCACUGGACGAUGCUGAAAUUGAGAAUCAUGCUCAUCCUCGUGUUCAGGAAGGCGAAGUUGUGGAGUAUAAUACAACCCUCUGGCUUCGUAAUGUAGACUUUAGCAGUGAGGGCAGAUACCAGUGUGUGAUAUCAAAUCACUUUGGCACAUCGUAUUCUACUAAAGCCAAGCUCACUGUAAACAUGCUUCCGUCCUUUACUAAAAUGCCCAUGGAUCUCACAGUAAGGGCAGGAGCCACAGCCCGUCUGGAGUGUAAAGCUGUUGGGCACCCCAGCCCUCAGAUUGCUUGGCAGAAAGAUGGUGGCACAGAUUUUCCCGCAGCCAGAGAGAGACGCAUGCAUGUCAUGCCGGAGGAUUAUGUUUUUGUGAUAGUUCAAGUCAAAACUGAGGAUAUAGGAGUGUACACUUGUAAUGCCCAAAACACUGCUGGGACAGUGUCUGCUAAUGCUACGCUAACUGUGCUGGAAACACCAUGUUUCUUGCGUCCAUUGACAGACCGAACUGUUGCAAAAGGUGAAACUGCAGUUCUACAGUGCAUUGCUGGUGGAAGUCCAGCCCCCAAAUUGAACUGGACAAAAGACGAUAGUCCUCUAGUUGUGACAGAGAGGCACUUUUUUGCUGCUGGAAAUCAGCUUCUUAUCAUUGUGGACACAGAUGAAGAAGAUGCUGGGAAAUAUACAUGUAAAAUGUCGAAUACACUGGGGACAGAAAGGGGUAAUAUUAGGCUGAAUGUCCUCCCAAAUCCAAAUUGUGAGUCAACUCAAAAUACUAGUCAAGGAACAGAGGAGGAUGGCUGGACUACAGUUGGCAUUGUGAUUAUUGCUGUCGUAUGCUGUGUGGUAGGAACCUCUCUUAUUUGGGUGGUCAUUAUAUACCACACAAGAAAACGCAAUGAGGACUGCAGUGUGACAAACACAGAUGAGACAAAUCUGCCUGCAGAUAUUCCCAGCUAUUUGUCAUCACAGGGAACAUUGGCUGAUAGACAAGAUGGUUACGUGCUUUCAGAAAAUGGCAGCAACCAUCAUUUCAUGUCAUCUUCGAUUUCUGGAUUUUACAUGCAACAGAGAGAUCUAAAUGGCAUUUGUCACCUGGAUAAUGGGAGUGAAGCAGACAUUGAGGGAGUAAUGGACCCUCUUCUUUGUCAUUACCAAGCAACCAUAGGAUCAAUGCGAACCAGGGAAAAUAUGUAUAGCACUGACUCCUCUGAAGGGUUCACAGGUUACUCAGCUGACCAGAGAGCUGUUUGUGUUGAUUCUUGUAAUGGAAGCCUAAUAUAUUCAAAGAAAAAUUAUUAUCCAUGUGGAAACACAAUGGAGGACCCAUUUGACUCAACAGCCACCAGUGUUUUAAUGCAGUUGCCCAGUGGAAACCUUCAUAGUACAAUUAAUGCUCAUAACGAGGGAUCAUCCACAGAAAGUGACAUUCAAGACCACAGCAGGCCCCGGGAAAGAGUGCCAUCAAACACAUUCAUGGGAACUUUUGGGAAGACACUGUGGAGGCCACAACAUGAUUUCUAUUCCAACUACAGCCAGUCUACUUCAUACAACCCAGUGACGUUACAUGAAAACCCUUAUGCUGCAGUGGACACAGACUCUGAACCUGAUGAAGACAAGGCCAGAGAAACUCAACGGUCUAUACCUGAGCAGAAUGCAGAAAUCUACGAACAGCCAUUUGAUAGUAACAGGACUCUUACUAUUCUGCCUUACAGGACAAGCACAUAAUAGUUUUUCUCCUUCAGAUAUUGAGAACUAAAUGGUUAUUUCUUAUCAAGAAUUGGAAGAAAACUACCUCAGUACUGAACACAUUUUGUGCACAAUUUGGAUGUUAUAAUCAUUCAGAGGAAGUGCACAGCAACUUAUGAUCUUAACAGAUUGGACUGUUUCAAAUAGAAAUGGGAAAUAGCUUCAUUUUAAGAAGAGUUUAAAUUUAUGCAUUUUUAUACAGAAUAUUAUUUUGUAAAUUAAUAUUGUAAAUAGGAAUGUAACUGAAUUUGAGUGUUUUAAAUUACUGUUUAUGAAACUUAAAAAUUUAAGCUUCUGACAAAUGUUAGGCACCUUUUGCACAUAAAUAUACACAAUAAAACAUUAUCCUUCUGCUGCUAUAAACAUUAAAAAAUGAAAAUGCUGUGACUUUUUAUAAUAUUUCAUAUUAUGAAUUAUGAGCUGCUUUUUAUUUUUUAUUUGAAAGAAUUUCAUUUACAGCCAUUGUCAAGUAUGUAUUCCCAAACUGUUGGAGCAACUGAAAGAAAAUUAUGGGCUUGCCUUUGUUCACACUUUGGUCUGGAUAUGCAACAAUGGAAAUUAAAUGUCUAAAGGGGAAAAAAACGCAAUUCACUGCACAUUCCUAUUGCUGCUUGAUGACACUCAGGAGUGGGUGUUGUCUGAAAGCAAGAAUUCUUUCAAAGAAAAUCUCUGCGACCCGGUGAUACUUUAAAAGUACUCUCAGAGACUUCCUUAACACAGCACGCUCUGAUGAUUAGCAUGGUGUGGAUUCAGUUUUCUCUGGAGUUGUGAGGCACAUUCUGCACUUUGGAUGGUGGCUUUUCCUAAUAUACCACUCCAAAGUUUCCUGUCAUUUUAUUUUUUACUAUAGAAAAUAGUAAAUGUAAAUGUUG